AUGGAAUUAGUGAAGCCUCCGGAUCCCCUGCUCCUAGCCGGCAACAUCUCGAAAAACUGGGGCCCAUUGUACGAUUUCAACCAUGUAACAUCGAGUCCCGGAUUUCCCCGCUCCAAUGGACUUGCCGAGAAAGGGGUGCAAAUUGUAAAAAGAAUUGUGAAGAAGACGUCGGAAACCCGAGACGACCUCUGGCUGGGUCUUCUGGCCUAUCGCACUGCUCCUCUUGAAGAUGGUCGGUCUCCAAGAGAACUCCUGCAGGGAAGAAGACUUCGCACUCCCCUACCAGACUUCAUGCAAGAACCCUGCUCCCCAGUAUUCAAGCGAAACCCACCCGACGCGCGGAGGAGAACUUUGCCGCCGCUAAGGAAGGGAGAUCUCGUCCGGAUUAAAGGCAAACAGUGGAUUCGAAGAGCCCAGGUCGUUGGCAAGCUAGCACCGCGGUCUUACCAGGUAGUCACAGAAGACAACCAGCUGCUGCUGCGCAAUAGGCAGCAUCUGCUCAGGACGCGUGAACCUUUCCUGCUUGGCACAACUGAAAGCAGUGACUCGGACAACGAGGACGCAGCCGAGAGAAACGAGCUUUCGCCACCGUGCUCAGCCGGUCCGGCUUGUACACUGCCAGCGGGGACAGUCGGCACGUCCAGCACGACAACAGCAGCGCCGGCUCCUAGGCGAUCAGCACGUCCAACACGUCAGCCGCGUCGGCUGUACUACGAUGCUAAUUUUCAGCAAGUGUGUUAA